CUUCCCGUUCGUGGUUGUAUGUCGGCUCUAUAAUAACACAACUAACCACUACAUCUUUACGCUCAGAUAAAAAACACUAAUUGGUGGCCGGCUUUCACGCGUGAGAGAGGGUCUCCAAACGCGCGCGUUUCGGGUCUUUUUUUUUUUUUUUUUGGUUUGUUUGUUUUUGUUUUCUCUUUUCGUCUUUCUCUUCUAAUCGCUGCGUUUAAUCCCCCGCACUAUCCACGGACCCGCAAAACGACAGAAAGACAAAACAAAAACAUUUAACGCGGUGACGAGCUGCUCUUUUUUUUUUUCUUUAACGAGGAUAAGUUAAUGAGGGGAUGCGGGAUUUUAUCGGUGCGCACAAGGCAGGUGUCCCUGAAGGCGCCAUGGAUCAACUUGGACACACCGAGAGCCCGUUUAUAAAGAGCAGGAGGAUCCAUUUCCAUCAGUUUGCUGGAAGCGCUGUCCGUGGUGAGUGAGGAUCAGCCCAUAUUCGAGUCGGCCUACUCCGCAGCCCCGGCCAUGCACAUGAAGACCGAGAUGACGUCGCCCGGAGCGUUCAGCCAGGCCUCCAAGCAGAGUCCCGAGCCCACCGAGCCGGAGUGGGUGGGGCCGCCGGCGCAGAAUCCUGGGAAAAGAGCCGAACACGUCAAUGGAACCAGCCGUGGGUCCCCUGUGGAUUGCAGCGUCACCAAGCGCUCCAGACACAUGAGCAACGAGGGGGCCCCGAUGCCGUACCAGACCUCGUACCCGGAGCCUCGCGUCAGCCCCCAGACGGCCACCCCGCCCAGCAGCGCCACGGAGGAGAAGAGGGUCAUCGUGCCUGCAGAUCCUGAGGUUUGGACUCAGGACCACGUGCGACAGUGGCUGGACUGGGCCAUCAAGGAGUACGUCCUGGAGGAGGUGGACGUCAUGCUCUUCCAGGCGCUGGACGGCAAGGCCCUCUGCAAGAUGACCAAAGACGACAUGAUGCGUCUCACGUCGGCCUACAACGCAGACAUCCUGCUCUCACACCUCGCUUAUCUCCGGCAGAGUAGCCCCACCUUCUCAUACUCCACAACUCCCACCAACAACACACCACCACCACCACCACAACCCAGACUACAAGUGAAAGCAGAGAACACUUUUGAUGAGAUCAGCCGCAGGAACAGCUGGCCGGCAAACACCAUGACUGCAGUGCCAAAAGGUCCGUCUAUGGAGCAUCAACACAGCAACAGAGUCACAGAGCCUGCUCCAAGAAUUGUGCAAGACCCGUAUCAGACAUUAGGGCCCAUCAGCAGUCGACUAGCCAACCCAGAAGGCCAAGCCCUCAGCUCAUCCAAGAACCGAACGGGCAAACAAAGUCCAUACAAGCUCCCUGACCCCAGCGCUCACAGGCCUGUGGGUUCUGGCCAGAUCCAACUGUGGCAGUUCCUGCUGGAGCUGCUGUCCGACAGCAACAACUCCAGCAUCAUCACCUGGGAGGGCACCAACGGAGAGUUCAAGAUGACCGACCCGGACGAGGUGGCCAAGCGCUGGGGCGAGCGCAAGAGCAAGCCCAACAUGAACUACGACAAGCUGAGCCGCGCUCUCCGCUACUACUAUGACAAGAACAUCAUGACGAAGGUGCACGGCAAGCGCUACGCCUACAAAUUUGACUUCCAAGGCAUCUCGCAGGCGCACCAGAAUCACUCAGCGGACGGGGGGAUUGUUAAGUACCAGACUGAGAUGUCUUACGUCCAGCCGUACCACAGCCACCAGCCCAAAAUGAACUUCAUGGGUGGCCAUCCUCCACCUAUGCCCGUCUCCCCAGGCAACUUUUUCACCCCUCCGUCAACGUACUGGAACUCACCCAACGGCCCCAUCUACCCCGGCUCAGCCAUGACCAGACAUCCCACCACUCACUCCCACCUGAGCUCGUACUACUGAGGACGAUGCGUUUCACACCUGAGCAGGAUAACACGAGAGAGGAACCCAAACGUGCCAGAAAACAUAAGCACGCUCCACCCAGGAUGCACCUGAGCUGAACCCUGUCUGACAUGAAGGUGAUAUGACGCUACGGUCUGUUUUUAAAAAGGGCAUUAUGAAGUUGUCUUUGUCACAUUCCUUCUUAAAAAUAAACAAAACACAAGGGUAGAUCAACUCUGUGAUGAACGAAAAGGACUGGUAUUAUAGUCUUCUAAACAUUUUCGUGAAUAUACUGAUAACACACUGUAUUAAUGGUUAUUCAGAUUUUAUGAAACCAAGUUUAUUUUGUAAGUAUUCUGUUUAAUAGUGCCUGUAAAUUCUAUAAUCAUGGCCUUAACUGUUUGAGUGGCAUAACUUCUUUUUUUUUUUUAAACUGUUCUUUUCACAUUAUAGGUCACAACUGCAGUUAUCCCAUUCACUGACCUGACAAAAAUUGUACAGAAUGACUCAUGUAGCAAUAUAACAUUUACUCAUGAUGUAAAGCUAAUAAAUGAUGCUUGUACUGAUA